GUUUGAUUUAAUAAUAUAUUGAUAUUAUUAUCGGUGACCGGGGGUCUCACACCAAUCUAUAGGCAAUCUCCGACCCCGUGAGAAUUAAACCCAUCAACUCGGAAUUACAUUCCUUUCCACCACAUCACCAUGCUAUCGCUUUUUCGCGCCUUCUCCCAACAGUGUCCGCAUUCCAGGGCCCGCAUUCCUCCUGUAUCUAGAUACCUUCAUUCCCCAUUACAGAAUGACCAGAUACAUUUGACCACCAUCCUCGAUGAGCUCUCGGAGGCAAGCCCAUCUCCAGCAAGCAACCCAAAUGUACCAUGGAUGCAGCAGGGCGUACGCAGAAGGUUCGACCAUAAACUGUUCAUAAGACCUCAUUACUUCUCGCAUGACCAUCGGUUCAAAGGCCCUUCGCCAUACUCGAAACGACCUCUCAUUGGUCCUGGAAAAAAACAAGCGAAGCAACAGGACGUCUUUUAUCGCCUGGGCAUCGAUCCUCUACAAGAGGCUUCUAAUGAUGUCCUCAUGAGCACUUUCGUCACCGAAAUGGGAAAAAUUAAGCACCGCGCUGAAACUGGUCUCACCACGAAAACCCAGCGCAAGUUAGGCAAAGCCAUUCGACGAGCGAAGAUGAUGGGCGUCAUACCUGUGCUCAGUAGUACAAGGCUUCCUUGGAAUUAACAUUGAUCAUUA